UUCACCUGAAAGUCAGUCACGGCGAUGAUGAAAUGACGGAAAUAGUCGAAGCCAAAAACACUGGAAAAUCUACCAGAAGCAACGGCUUUGGAAGUUCGACUCGGUGCGUGAGGAGGUUGGGCAGUGCGGAGUAGGUAGGUAUGCGCCCAAGACCGCCAAGAUGACGAUGAGGUAGUCCGUACUACUCUGAGGUCGAGAAAGUAGUAUACGAAGAUGCAGUCAAUCUCGUCGUAAGCGGGAUAAAGGUACUGCUUCAUGGUCCAUCUCAUCCUAUAAUUAAGCUGCAUAUGAUCCGAGGUAUGUUUCCUAAGGUUAAUCAUGUCCGGCUAAAAAAAAGACUUCAAUGUUCCCAACGAGGGGUAGAUAAUUGCCAUAACACGUGAUGAUCUCAUGUCGUAAUAUCCGGAGAAGCACCCGAUCAACUUGGAUCUGUCUCCUCAUCUGCUUUGAACUUAUGACCUUCGCCUGGAGCGAGAUCUGUUUGAAGUUUAUUUUCUACUCUCUAUAGUGUCUACAUAUGCUAUACUGACGACUCACUCAACACUUCCAUAUGGCUAUUGCUCUGUUAGUUGCGAAUGAGCGGUAACUGUCGGACCGCUCCUGUUCUGAGCUCCGCCCCGAUAGCUCAUCGCCAACUUCGACGCCAUGGACCUUGUUCAGAAAGAACACGAGCGUCUCUCAAAGAGACUGAAAUCAUCUCAGAGCAUUAAGAGCGUGCAGGAUGCAAUUGAUUUACUUCAGUCCGCUCGCGAUAAGAUCGCCUCGGAUCCGAGUCAAGCAUCCGUAUCGCUAGCCAAGCUCCAAAAUCCGAUCAAGUCAUCCUUUGAUGCCAUCAACGAUAACCUAAAGGAGACUCACAGUGCUCUUAAUAAGUACUCAAAGUCCCUUGAUAAGCUUUUCAAAGAUAGACCGUUGCCGAGUUCCGAACACGAUGUCCUAUCCUCGCAAGAAAACCUCAUUAACCGGGCAAUCGCAAUGCAUCUGCUCCGCGAAGGGCAGUUCUCCGUUGCAUCUGCCUUUCUCUCCGAGAUAGCCGAGAAGAAGGCGCAAGAGAAGCACCAGGAAAUGGAUGCGGAUACUAUGAAUGAGGCCGCCGCACUGCUGGACAUCGAUGGUGUUCCCUCAAGCCAAGUCCGUGAUCAAUUCCACAAUAUGUAUCGUAUACUCCACGAGCUGAAGGAGAACAACAAUCUGCUCCCGGCUAUAGAGUGGUCACGAAAGGAAGAGAAUCGGAUGGCGCUGGAAGCAAGAGGGAGCAAUCUUGAAUUCGAGUUGUGCAGAUUGCAGUUCGUUUGGCUGUUUCAUGGUGGUCACGAACAACGUGGCCCGAGUCCUGAAGGACGUCAUGCUGCUCUUCAGUACGCCAGGCGCGAAUUCCAAUCGUUUUUGCCCAGAUAUAUGCGAGAAAUUGAGCAGUUGAUGGGAGCUAUGGCCUUUAGUCCAAAUCUUCAGGACUCUCCCUACAGGAACAUAUUCAACAACCCAUCUGCCUGGACAGAUGUGUCACACUCUUUUACGCGAGAGUUCUGCGCACUGCUGGGGCUAUCUCCUGAUUCGCCGCUGUACAUUGCUGCGACUGCAGGCGCAAUUGCUUUGCCGACAUUAUUGAAGCUGCAAACUAUCAUGAAGGCUAAACGUACAGAGUGGACGACAGAACAUGAACUGCCUGUCGAGAUUCCUCUCCCGCCGUCAUACCUCUUUCACUCUAUUUUCGUGUGCCCGGUCUCUAAAGAACAGACCACGGACGCAAAUCCGCCUAUGAUGAUGCCGUGUGGGCAUGUGAUUGCUGAGGAGUCGCUAAAGCGGCUUUGCAAAGGCACCAAAUUCAAGUGCCCUUAUUGCCCUAAUGAGAGUCACCCUCGAGAGGCAAAGAAAGUGUUCCUUUAGUUACGAAGUAUGGUCUAGAAAGGUGGUCGCGUGAAGGAGCUGGGCUCUUCUGCGGCAACCGGACAUGCUCAUUUGAUACUGGAACAACGAUGCAAAGGACAUGGCUGUUCGAAUUACUAACGGAGCAAUGGGCGUUCUGGAAGCGGCGCAUUCUGGGCUGGAUAGGAUCUGGACUUGUAUUCUUAGCACAUAUAGUAAUUUGCACAAACACUCCCAGUCUCUCACAUCUCGCGCGAGAAUCUGUGCUCAGACUGAUUCAUCUCGUCCCAUGUUUGCGCCUUCGAGCAGGCACGAGGACAGAUCCCAGUUUCCUCUCCUGCCCUUCGGGAAGACGCCUUAAGGAACAAAGAAACCCUCAGCAUUAGCCUCCGAAUGGCGUAUCACAAGCCCACGUCGGACAAAGAGCCUACACGGUACCUAGCUCGAUGAGUUUCUGGAUGCAUCGAAACUUAAUUUGCGACGAGUCCAAAAUGACCCACUCAGGCACCCUUGAUGAGUCCUCAGUGGCUAAUCUAAGUCCCGUGAUAGCGCGAUCAUUUGGCGAUGGGAAAACCACUUUACGCGUCCAAUACCAGUUCUUACGCGUCUGAGCAAGGCUCUCACCCUCACCACCGUUAAAUGCCCAGGGUUCAUCGAAUAGGAAACAUGCAGAAUCACCGUCAAUCUCCGACUCGCUGCCAUGGAGGAGCAAACAUUCGAAAAUUGAGCCUUACCUUCCUUGAUCCCGCCAUAUCUGACCAAUCUGUAUGCUGCCCACCAUUCUUACCUGCGAAACCCUCAACCCCACUCCG